AUCAGAGUCCUACCACGUCAGCAUUCAGUUUCCUUAUUUGAUCACAAGGCAAGGGACCCGCCAAUAAAAAUGCACCAAUCCUUUCCGAUUCCUUAUCACACCGAGUCAACUCGCCCCCGCUGUUUUCUCGGAACUCAGUGCUGCUUCAGAUCCAGCUUCAGUAACGUACACUGAAAGCAAUUGUUGAUAUCUCCGUGUUGCAAACGCGCUUUCUGAAUGCGGCAAUGGCUUCUCACAGCGACGCCAAUUCCUUGAGGGACUUUUGGAUCCCGGGCCACGUUCUCGUGCCGGAUUCCGUGGUUGAAGGAAGCAACAUCGAUAUCGAAGGACCUAAGUGUCCGGUGCUCGUUUUCGUUAACUCAAGGAGUGGUGGCCAGCUAGGAGGAGAACUCUUGAAAACGUACCGUGCGCUUCUUAACGAAAACCAGGUUUUCGACUUGGGGGAAGAGGCUCCUGAUAAGGUUCUGAGCAGGAUCUAUGCGAAUUUGGAAAACCUCAGGCUUCAAGGCGAUCAUAUUGCUAUACAGAUUAUGGAGAAGUUGAGAUUAAUUGUUGCAGGGGGUGAUGGAACAGCAGGCUGGCUACUUGGAGUUGUUUGUGAUCUCAAAUUAUCUCAUCCGCCACCCAUUGCCACGGUUCCGUUGGGCACAGGGAAUAAUCUACCAUUUGCAUUUGGUUGGGGGAAGAAGAACCCAGGGACGGAUGAACAGGCGGUCAAGUCAUUUCUAGAUCAAGUAAUGAAAGCUAAGGAAAUGAAAAUAGACAACUGGCACAUUCUUAUGCGGAUGAGGGCUCCAAAACAAGGUCCCUGUGAUCCAAUCCCUCCUCUUGAGUUACCACAUUCUUUGCAUGCCUUCCAUCGUGUAUCAGAGGCAGAUGAACUUAAUAAGGAAGGUUUCCAUACUUUUCGUGGGGGAUUUUGGAAUUACUUCAGCAUGGGAAUGGAUGCUCAAGUCUCUUAUGCAUUUCAUUCUGAACGAAAAUUGCAUCCUGAAAAAUUCAAGAAUCAGUUGGUCAAUCAGAGUACUUAUGCUAAGCUUGGAUGCACACAAGGAUGGUUUUUUGCUCCUCUGUUCCACCCUCCUUCCAGCAACAUAGCACAUCUUGCAAAAGUAAAAGUCAUGAAAACGCAUGGUGGUUGGGAAGACUUGCAAAUUCCUUCCAGCAUCAGGUCAAUUGUAUGCCUUAACUUGCCUAGCUUUUCUGGUGGAUUGAAUCCAUGGGGUACACCAAACAAGAUGAAGCGGCGUGAUAGAGAUUUGACACCUCCAUAUGUAGAUGAUGGCCUUAUAGAGGUGGUUGGUUUUAGAGAUGCCUGGCAUGGGCUUGUUUUGCUUGCCCCAAAUGGACAUGGAACUCGCCUUGCUCAGGCACACAGAAUCCGCUUUGAGUUUCACAAAGGUGCGGCAGAAUAUACAUUCAUGAGGAUUGAUGGGGAACCUUGGAAGCAACCCCUCCCAGUUGACGAUGAUACUGUUUUGGUGGAAAUUUCUCACCAUGGCCAGGUUAACAUGCUCGCCACUCAUGAUUCCAAGUCCAAAAGUGUGAAUGAUCCGUCAUCACCACACCAUAAUGAUGUCGAGGAAGAUGAUAGUGAUGAUGAAGAAGCUAAAGCAGAUGAAUACCGGAAGUUUGGUGCGGCAGAUACAUUUAAAAUCCCAGAUGAGGUAGACCUUGCUCAUCUUAGUUAGAUCUUUCAUUGUGAAAGCCAUUCUUUAGAGUUAUGUAGUUGACAACAUUGUCUGCUUAGCUGUUAGUAGGAUUUUUAUAAAUAUUUGUUAGUUGCCUUUAUCAAUUGUAUCACCUAUUUGAUCUAUUCUAGCAGCGUUAUGUCUGUGAACAUGUGAAUAGUAAUUAAGAAUUGAGAUGCAAUAAUUCCUUUGAUAUAAACGUUUGUGCUGUUGAAAUAUAUAAGAAUUGAGAUCCAACAAUUGCUUUGUUAUAAAA